AUGCGGCUGCCGCUGCUCGUGUCCGCGGGCGUCCUGCUGGUGGCUCUCCUGCCCUGGCCGCCGUGCAGGGCCCUCCUUAGCCGGGGGCCCGUCCCGGGGGCCCGGCAGGCCUCGCAGCGCCCCCAGCCCCUGGAUUCCUUCCAGCCUUCGUCGCAGCCUCAGCAGCCGCAGGCUCGGCCCGUCCUGCUCCGCCUGGGGGAGGAGUACUUCCUCCGCCUGGGUAGCCUCAACAAGAGCCCCGCUGCUCCGCUCUCGCCCGCCUCCUCGCCUCCUGCCGGCAGCAGCGGCAGCCGCCUUGCGCCGGACGAGGUGGCCGCCAACUUUUUCCGCGCGUUGCUGCAGCAGCUGCCGCUGCCCCGGCGCCCGCUCGACAGCCCUGCGAGUCCGGUGGAACGCGGCGCCGAGAACGCCCUCGGCGGCCGCCAGGAGGCACCGGAGAGGGAGAGGCGAGCCGAGGAACCUCCCAUCUCCCUGGAUCUCACCUUCCACCUCCUCCGAGAAGUCUUGGAAAUGGCCAGGGCUGAGCAGUUAGCGCAGCAAGCUCACAGCAACAGGAAACUGAUGGAGAUUAUUGGGAAAUGA